AUGUUCUUUCCUUCCUUUCUCCUUUUGUACAACUUCAAUGACAAGGCACCCACAUCUUCGGAGAUUCUCCUGUCGACCACGAACAUCUCUCUCUCUCUCUCUCUCUCUCUCUCUCUCUCUCUCUCUCUCUCUCUCAGCGCUUUGCUUAUAAGUUAUUUUUAUCAAUUAUAUUCGCACGCGCGAUCUAUCUCGCUUGUUCAUAUCUAUCUAUCUAUCUAUCUAUCUAUCUAUCUAUCUAUCUAUCUAUCUAUCGAUUCCAAUCUGUUCAUAUCUACCUACAGUUAUCUGACGGAAAUCAAAGAGAUCCACAAACAAAUUGAUAAUGAAAUUGAUGAGUAUAUCAGUCACCCGAUCAACGCCUUUCACUUAAUCAAGCGUCUUAAUAUGCGAUGGUCAGUUUUGGUAGAAAAAACCCUGGAGAAAAAGAUCCCUUAUAAAGCAUUACGCUUCAAACUGGAUCAUUUAAAAGCAAGUUUUCCAAGUGAUGUUGAUUUUGAAACCCUUGCCAAGGGAUUGACCCGAAUGCAAUAUCUAAGUGGAAUUGACCUGAAAGAGAUGGUCAAUGGUACUAUAAAUGGUAAACAUUCUCUCCACAAACCGAAGGUGGCUGAUCUCUUUUUUAUCGCAAGGAUGGCGUACGACAACGAAGACUUUUAUACGGCCAUUAUCUGGCUUAAAGAAGCAUCUAAAUUAGCACAGUAUGAAGACCCGACAUUGAUUGAAACUUUACAUGACAAACCAAUCAACCUAACAAGUACGAUGAGUUUGCUCGCUUCUGCUCUGUACGAAAAAGGCUUCUUGGUUGGGCUGAAAACUUUUCCAUACCCUAUCUAUCUAUCUAUCUAUCUAUCUAUCUAUGGUGGUGUUAAGAUAUUUUGUACCCUAUCUAUCUAUCUAUCUAUCUAUCUAUCUAUCUAUCUAUCUAUCUAUCUAUCUAUCUAUCUAUCUAUCUAUCUAUCUAUGGUGAUGAGGCAUUACCAAGAAGCAAUGCAAGUUCUGGAAGAACUUCUUAGAAUUGAUCCUUCAAAUAAACGUGCACAGACAAAUAAAGAUUUCUUCAAGCAGAAAAGUGAAUUGAAUGUGGAACCACCAUUGGAGAUAAAAUGGAAAGAACCAAAAGGCAAACAAGAAAAAACUUAUCAAAAACUUUGCAAAAAACAAAUAACUCAGGAUCCAGAGAAGAAAGUUCGGCUUUAUUGCUACUUGCAUCCAACUUACAAACGGUUACUAUUCGGCAAGGCUGAAAUCCUCAGUAUGAAGCCUCGAAUUGUGCUUUUUCAUGAUAUGGUUACUAGAAAUUCUACAGAUGAUAUUAAUAAAAUAGGUUUGGAUCAGAUGUUAACAAUGGCAGACUAUAUGACAUACAAGUAUCAGAUUCAAGGAGUGUCCAUCAGUUAUAAUUAUAAAGAAAAGCAACAGAGAAAAAUGAGGAAACAUUUGGAAAAUAUGAAGAACUUAAUUUUUCCUCCUGCUAUAUAUACAAACUUUGAGAUUCGUAAUUUUGGAAGUCAAGGUUUUUUCUUGCCCCUUGAUGAGAAUCCUCAAACAUAUGGUGGUAAUAUAGGCACAUUUCUAGUCGUGUUGAAUACUACAAAGGAUGGAGGAGAUAUUGUGUUUCCAUUUUCAAAUGUAACUGUUACACCGAAAAAGAAUGAAAAUACACACACACAUCUAUCUAUCUAUCUAUCUAUCUAA